AUGCUGUCGAAACGCGAGAGCUCGUGCGAGACUCAUCCGUCGCAGUUGCUCACUCAUUACUGCAAGAUGUGCAAACAGCUCAUCUGUAUCGAUUGUCUCCGGGAGUCCUCCAACGACUGCACCCACAGGCAACGCAAGGUGAGCAUUACGGAGGCCAGUCACCAGGCAAAGGAUGCCAUUCUGGCCUCCCUCAAGCCAAUCCGUGGCCAGCUGGCUUCAAUCGAAGGGGUUGUCCAACAAAUCCAGGCCAAGAAGCAGCACAUCAGCGAGCAGGCUACGGAAGUGAAUUCCAGAAUCGACGGAGACAUUGAGGGUUUGAAGGCAGCACUCGAGCAGCGCCGGGGCGAGCUGAAAGAGGCCGUAAAGGCAGAGGAGGAGAGGAAAUACUCUGGUCUCAGGGGGCAAGAGGAGGAUGCAGAGAUUGCAAAGAACCAACUGUCUAACUACUUAGGGGGUGUCAACCAGUGCCUACAGAGGGGGAGUAAUGUGCAGGUUGUCAAACUGCAGCAGGUGGUGGAGGAGAAGGUGAGGGAAAUCCUACAAGAGUUCAGCAGCAUGCCUCAAGCACCGGUCGAAGCGGCUAACUUGCGCUAUUUCAGUAGCGGGGAAUUAUCUGCUUCAAUCCCACCAUCGGAUUGGUGUGUUCGAGCAGUAUUGCAGCAGCAGAUUUCUACGUGUCUAUUGACAGUCCCCGGUGGGCCACCGCUUGCGAUGAAACAAAUGUCACAAUCGUUUACUCUGGAGCAGACACUACUAGUGGUUUGUUGGACCAACUCAAAAUUGAGCUUUCCUCAGAGGACAGUAGCAACACAAAAAUGGUUGAAACCCAACGAAGCGUGUCAGAGUCUGGUAACCAAGUCGUGGUCCAUUACAUUCCUAUCACCAAAGGGAGGAAGAAGCUUCAUGUCACGCUGUUUGGACACGAGAUUUCAGGCAGUCCACUGGAUCUAA